CCCCAUUAUUAAGAGCUCUGUAUUUUUGGUCCCGGAUCAAAACUAAAAGUUCGAAUCCGAGAACGAAAACCUAAAUCUCCGGUAGAAUCUGAUCAGCUAUGGCGAGAUACGACAGAGCUAUAACGGUGUUCUCCCCCGAUGGUCACCUCUUCCAAGUUGAAUACGCCCUGGAAGCCGUACGCAAGGGUAACGCCGCCGUCGGUGUUCGUGGCACUGACACCAUCGUCCUUGGCGUCGAGAAGAAGUCCACCGUUAAACUUCAAGACUCAAGAUCAGUUAGGAAAAUUGUAAGCUUGGAUGAUCACAUAGCAUUGGCUUGUGCUGGACUUAAAGCAGAUGCCCGUGUUCUUAUCAACAGGGCAAGAAUCGAAUGCCAAAGCCAUAGGCUAACUGUUGAAGAUCCAGUAACUGUUGAAUAUAUCACACGUUACAUUGCAGGUCUUCAACAGAAAUACACACAAAGUGGAGGUGUGAGGCCAUUUGGGCUUUCAACUCUAAUUGUGGGAUUUGAUCCUUAUACUGGUGUUCCAUCUUUAUAUCAAACCGAUCCUUCAGGAACAUUUUCUGCUUGGAAAGCUAAUGCCACUGGUAGAAACUCCAAUUCCAUGAGGGAAUUUCUUGAAAAGAAUUACAAAGAAACAUCUGGUCAAGAAACUAUCAAACUUGCCAUUCGUGCUUUGCUUGAAGUUGUUGAAAGUGGAGGGAAGAAUAUAGAAGUUGCUGUGAUGACAAAGGAAGGGCUGAGGCAACUUGAGGAGGCUGAAAUUGAUGCCAUUGUUGCAGAGAUUGAAGCAGAAAAGGCAGCUGCUGAGGCCGCAAAGAAGGGUCCUGCUAAGGAAACAUGAGGAUGAGAAGGGCAUUUAUGUCUUUUUCUCACCCGGUUUUUUAUUGUUGUUUUCUUAUUUGACCUUUUGGAUACAUCUGUUUUAAGACUUUUGGCAUGGUAGUUAUAAGGAAUUUGUUAAAUUUGACAUUUAAGAAGCUUUAAUUUGUGGUUUGAUUGAA